AUGGCACCGCCAAAGCCGGUCCUCGUCAUCACGGGAGGGCUCCCUCACCCGUCCCAACCGCUGAGCCUACCUGCUCUGAGCCUGCGACACGGCGAGGAUGGUAUGCGUGACAAUAUCAGGAAGAUUGUAGCACCGAAGGCCACCUUGAAGUUAACCUGGUAUCGCAGGCAUACGCUAUCGGACGAUGAGAAAACCGCGUACCUCGAUGCGGAGCUCUGCCACCUUACUUCCCCAGCGAAAACCAAGCUGCCAGGAGCGAAGACAAUGUACGACGAUAUCGUGGCGAACCACCAGCUCCAGACCAUUGUGAUUCAUAGUACGGGUACAUUCCUACCGUUUCACCGAUUUUAUAUCCAUCUCCAUGAGAUGAUGUUGAAGGAUUGCGGGUUUGAGGGCGCCGUCCCAUACUGGGAUGAGGUCGAGGAUAUGAAAUUGGACGACCUCACAGAAUCUGCCGUCUUUGACCCGGACACAGGCUUCGGCGGCGAUGGUGCAGGGGGCUGUAUUCAGAACGGCCCAUUCGUCAAUGUGACCGUGAACAUUGGACCAGGCUACCAGACCACACCAACAUGCCUAGCUCGAUCAAUCAACCGACGUGCGAACCCUCUUAAACUUAUGAAUGCUCGAGUCCAGUCAACGACAUGCAUGAACUACACAACCUACGAGGAAGUCUGGCCAUGUCUAUACGUAACACCGCAUCUCCUUGGACAUGCCAUUAUGGGCAGCUUGAGAGGAGACACGCACACGUCACCAAGCGACCCAACUUUCUUUCUCCAACACACCUAUCUCGACAAGCUCUGGUGGGACUGGCAGGAAGCCGACCUCGAAAAUAGGCUGUACGCGAUCGGUGGACCGAACAACCAAGACCCCGAGAUCGGCUUUAUUGAGAUUCCAGGUACAAUGAAGGACGAAGAAAGGACAUUUGGAUCCCCUUCUGAGGAGCAAUUAGAGAUUAUGCCAACUGGGCGGGACGGUGAUCCUGGGGAUGUCGUGACGCUGGACCACGUUCUCACAGCGUUUGGAUAUAUACCGGACGUUACGGUUCGGGAUGUCAUGGACACGCGUGGCGGCUAUCUGUGUUUUGAGCGACUUCGGCACACCGCCACCGAUAUCACGAUGCUCCGCCGAACCCGGCCCAACUAUCAAUCAGAUACCGAAGCGGUCUUGAGGCCGAACCUCCCCUCUCGGCAGCCUCUCUAUGGACCGGUAUCUCAACGUCGACUAAAUUUCGAAAGCGCUCGUCCCCAAUGGCUCCGAGAGUGCGCGGCCGAAGCAACAGGGGUCUUCUUUUAUGUCUUCCCAGGUCUCGCGUCCGUUGCCAGCCAGAUGAUCGAGUCCAAUAACGCAACCGGGACGGCCUCAGUCAGCCAGUUUCAGGUCGGAUGGGCGUUUGGGAUUGGAAUCGUCUUUGCGAUUCUCACGUGUGCCCCUGUAUCGGGGGGACAUUUCAACCCAGCACUGACGCUAGCAAUGGCGAUUUGGAGAGGGGCCCUGGUUAUCGUGGGAGUUAUGUGGCCGCAGAUUCGGGCUCUGAACGCAAGUUUCGUGGCGGCAGGGAAACCGCUUGUGGCUGGCGGAGCACCCGCCUCCAUAUUUUGCGCUUUCCCUGCAGUAACCCAUCCCAGCAUCGGUCUUAUAUUUUUGAUCGAAUUCAUGGCGGACAUCUUUAUCGGAAUUAUAAUUUGGGCGGCCAUGGAUCCAUCGAACCCGUUCGUCACGCCGGUAUGCAUUCCGUUCUUGCUCGGCAUGGCCUACACAGAUAUGAUCUGGGGGUUCGGCAGCAUCGCCUUGAGUACCAACCUCGCUCGAGAUUUGGGUGCUCGUGUGGUGGCUGCCAUAUUUUACGGCCCUGAAGUCUUCACUUAUCGGGGAUACCCUCCAAUUGCAAUAUUCGUCAACGUACCAGCCACCUUACUCGCUACAACAUACUACGAACUGCUGAUGCGUGACAGCGCAACCUUGAUUAGCCAGGGACACGCAGUUCAGAGAGAUGGCAGUCCUGUCUUGCCACUGCACUUUGAGCAGCUUCAGCACACACAACAGAGGGAACCCGAGAGGACGGGUUCUUUGAGCUAG